AAAUCAAAACCAAAAGAAAUCGUCAAACCAGCACAAAAAGAAAAUGUCCAGGAACUGACUGAGUUCUUGGCCAAACAGACAUUUGAUGAUCUCGGAUUGUCACCCGAAGUACUUUCGGCCGUAAGAUUAGGUCACCUCAAAGACAUUGAAGAUCCUUUACCGACCGAGAUCCAGGCCUUAUCGAUUCCAAAGCUGCUUCAUUCGAAUCGGCAUGUGCUGUGUGCAGCCGAGACAGGAUCCGGCAAGACGCUUGCGUAUCUCUUACCUACCUUACACAUGCUCAAAUCGGACGAAGUCAACAAAGUAAAGCGACGUCUGGACCACCCCAGAGCCAUUGUACUUGUUCCGACACGCGAGCUGGUCUCCCAGGUCGUCAAGACAGCCAAAUCGCUUAGUCACCACGCCAAGCACCGUGCGCUUGGCCUGACUUCGCGCACACCCCGUCAGAAGCUUCUGGAGAGUCUUGCUGACGGACCUGUAGAUAUUCUGGUGACCAUUCCCACCGCACUCAACACAUUUGUCAAGAACGAGACGCUGUCGUUGGCCGAUACACGGUACCUGAUUAUUGACGAGGCUGAUUCGUUAUUUGAUUCCGGAUGGGGUGAGGACUGCCAGUCGAUCAUCAAGCAGCUCCAGACGAUUAAUGCCCAAAAAAAGGUGCAAGAAAAGAUUAUUAUUGUGUCUGCGACGCUUCCAAAAUCCGUGCAUGGUGUUCUGGACACCCUUUUCCCAAAGCUAGUCAAGAUCACUACGCCUUCUCUGCAUCGUGCGCUGCCGAACCUCAAACAGUCCUUUGUUGAUCUUGCCCGAUUUAACGGUAACCGACAGAUGGCGCUGCUAGAGGUCCUGAAGAAGAACAUCAAGGACGGAAAGACUCUUGUGUUCUGUAAUACUAAAAAGGCCGUUGAUAUUCUCCACAAUUGGCUAAAGACCAAGAACAUCAAUGCGCUGGCCCUGUACAAGGAUGCAGAGAUGAGCCGUGAUGAGACCUUGCGUCUGUUUAAGACUACAAAAAAGGAGGACAUGACACUGAAUACCAAUGUGCUGUUGAGUACUGAUAUUGCUUCGCGUGGAAUCGAUACUACAUUUGUGGACCAUGUUGUGCUCUAUGAUUUCCCUACAUCUGUUGUGGAUUAUUUGCAUCGUGUGGGUAGAACAGCCAGAGCAGGAAAGACAGGAAAGGCCACUUCAUUGAUCGGACGCAAGGAUAGAAUGAUGUCUGAUCGUAUUCGCCGCUCUAUUCGU